UUACUGUCUAUGGUCUUUAGCAUGAAAAACUAGCUCUUGGCUAAAGUGUGCCGUUGUAAUUUUACUGUGAGUGUAAUUUGUCUACCAAUCUAUACUCUUUGUGAAACGUUGUUAAUUACCACCCUAUUUUGCUAGAUAGGAUCCCUACCAUAGGUGGUUCAAGAAACAAAGAGCCAGUUAGCUAUAAUACAUAGCUAACUAGCAAAACACGGACCUGUUUGUCUGUUUUGGGGAUCUCAAUGGAUCGUCUUGCAUCUUUUGGAAACGAUCCGUUUGAUAAGCCACCUUGUCGGGGAUGCUCCACUUACCUGGUUGAGCCUUUUAUCAAGUGUGCAGAAUGUGGACCACCAUAUUUAUACGUCUGUCUUCAGUGUUUCACACGAGGAUUUGAGUACAAAAAGCAUCAAAGCGACCACAAAUAUGAAAUUAUGACAUCAGACUUCCCCGUGCUGGAGCCAGGGUGGACGGCUCAAGAGGAGAUGGCUCUGUUAGAGGCUGUUAUGGACUGCGGCUUUGGAAACUGGCAGGACGUGGCGUAUCAGAUGCGCACCAAGACCAAGGAGGAGUGCGAGGGCCACUACAUGAAGCACUUCAUCAACAACCCACUCUUCUCCUCCACGCUGCUCAGCCUGCGGCAGAUCGAGGACGCCCGCAGCGCCGACUCGGCCAUCCCCUUCAAACCCACGGAUGACCCUCCCAGGCCAACCUUUGACUCGGUGUUGUCCAGAGACAUGGCCGGAUACAUGCCUGCCCGAGCAGACUUCAUGGAGGAAUUCGAUAACUAUGCCGAGUGGGAUCUGAAGGACAUCGACUUUGUUGACGACGACUCGGACAUCCUGCACGCCCUCAAGAUUGCUGUGGUCGACAUCUAUCACUCAAGGUUAAAGGAGAGACAGCGGAGAAAAAAGAUCAUUCGAGACCAUGGGUUGAUCAACUUGCGCAAGUUCCAGAUGCUGGAGCGGCGCUACCCUAAGGAGGUGCAGGACCUGUACGACGCCAUGAGACGCUUCGCCCGGGUUGUGGGCCCCACCGAACACGACAAGUUCAUCGAGAGCCACGCACUGGAGUUUGAGCUGAGGAGGGAGAUCCGGAGGCUGCAGGAGUACAGGGAAGCAGGCAUCCGCUCCUUCUGCAGUGCGAAGGUGUACGAGCGUGUGAAGCGCGUGCGUGAGGACGAGCGGCGGAAGAGGACCAUGAUGUGUGACAUGCUGCAGUACAUCCAGGACAGCCGUCUCUGUCGCCAGUGGCUGCACAAGCAGGCCGCCAUAGAUGCUGGCAUCAGCCCCGUGGUGACCCCCAUCGUCACAACAGGAACAGGCCGUAGAAGUGCCCCUCCCCUCAACCUCACUGGCCUCCCAGGGACCGAGAAACUCAACGAGAGAGAGAAAGAGCUGUGCCAGGUGGUGCGUCUGGUGCCCGGUGCCUACCUGGAGUACAAGCAGGCGCUGCUGAACGAGUGCCGGCGGCAGGGCGGCCUGCGUCUGGCCCAGGCCCGCGCGCUCAUCAAGAUCGACGUCAACAAGACGCGCAAGAUCUACGACUUCCUCAUCAAGGAGGGCUACAUCAACAAGGCCUGAGGCCCUUCACCGCAGUGCCCCCACCCCCACUGUUCAGAGAUCAGAGACGGUAGAUAUGGUGGGAGAGGCAUGGCGAAAGACUUUCUCUUCUUUUCGUCUGAUUAAUUACAAAAAAAAAGAAAAGAAAAGCCUUUUGUGCAGGUCUCAGAUCAGCUGUUCAGGGCCUUGAGGCCAGUUUUGGGCCACUGAGUAGCCCAGUCCCAGUAGAAUAUGAUAUGGCCAGUGUCCAUCUGGAGACAGGCGGUGUAAGGAUGUAUUGGGAUUAUGUAUUGUGUCUUGUGUUUGAAACAAGUGUGUAUUAAAUGUGCGUUGUAUAUAGUGCGGUCACAUUAAAUGAACUUAGUGUCUGUAGAGUAUCAAACAUUUAUUGAAGAGUACAUAAAGUCAUUUUGUACAAGCCAA